UGAUGGGAGGGUGAAUGAGGAUUGUGGAUGUGAGAGGAGUGUUUUUGAGCAUCAGAGUUGUGGUGAAGGGGGUAGGAGUCGUAUUCUCAUAUCUCAAGAACAAGUGAUGGAAAGUGGUUGUACUGAGGAGUUGCAAGAUCCUACAGAUAAUGGACUAAAUACAUCUGAAUUAGAAAUUAACCAUCAAUGCGAUGAAUUUAGAAAGAAUAUCAAAGAAAAAUUGGGCAAAAGAUUAGAAUCUCUAAAUAAAAAUCUUGAACCAGUAGAUUAUUCUUAUCCAACUCAAAAUUUCACUGAAUCAAUCUCAAAAUUAAAACAAUCUCAAAAACUAAAAACCUCGAAACUCACAGAUCAGAUAUCUACUCUUUCCGAUCAUCUUCAGACUGUAGGAUCCACUCAUGACCUCAAAAACAGAGAAUUUCUAGAAUUACGAACUCUAAACAAAUCUAUCAAAAAUUCUCUUCUUCGCCCUCAAAAAUCAGUUUCAAAUUCUACCCUUCAAGUACUCCAAAAUGAGAACCAAAAUCUUCGCCAGAAGCUCAAAAUGAAAACCCUUAAUAUCACAAUUAUCAGAAAUGAUGUCCAAAAGGCUCAAUCUGAUCACCAUGAUCUUCUCAACUCUGAAUUUGAAAAAAUCCAGCUUCGCCAAGCACAGCUUGGUGCUGUUGAGUUGGAACACGAGCAAACCAAACAACAAGUAUUACAUCACAAGAACGAUCUCAACAAAACUGACCGAAAUCAAAAAUUAUUAACAAUUAAGGAGAAGGCAACCAAGCAAAAGCUAGAGUUAAUCAAGGAUAAAGGAAAAGGACUCAGAAACCAACUAAUGGAAGUUGAAUCUGUUUUAGCACCAAAGAUAGAAGCUCUGCAUGAGAAGUUAGACAACCAGAAAGUUGAUAUUGCGGACUUACAACAACAGUAUCAGAAAACAGACCAAGAAAACGAACUCUUAAAAUAAAAUUUUGGCUAAACAUCAGAAAAUGGCUGAAGCUUUGAAAGGAUAUGUAAAGAAAUAAAGAAAAGCUUCGUAAAAAGUAUGCAUCAUUAACUUCUGAUCAUUCGCUCAUUGAUCCUUCUCAAAACCCUCAAUAUAUGCUUUUUAAGGAAUCUACCAACAUAGACAAUGCUAUGGCUCACUUGAUUCCUAAGGAGAAUUCUUUUGGACAUCAUAAUCCGGAAAUUCUUUCUUUACUAGAGAAAAUUCUAGAGGUUACUUCUCAAACUUCUGGAAUUCAAGUAGAUACCGACUUUCACAACCAAAUAACAGACAUUUGCAAAGUCCCUAAAAUUUCAAAGGAAAUAUCUGAAAUCUCCAAAGAAAUUGAUGCAAUGAAAGAAAAGAAGAGCGCGAUAGAAUCUAAGAUCCAAACCUUCGAUGAUGAGAUUGGAGAUUUAAAUGAAAAAUUACAGAAUAAAGAAAGCAGAAUCAAAGAGCUUCAAGAACUUUUGGACCAAUCAACUGAGAUAAAACUUAGGUCCAAUCACAAGAAGAACCAUAAGAGUGAGGCUGAUAUAUCUCUUACUUCAAAGAAAUUGAGCAUUCCUAUGAGACUUUCUGACCUCACUGAACCUCAGAAGGCUGAUGUUAAGAGCAAAAGAGUCGAAGAAUGGACUAAUAAAUACAAGAAAUUAUUUAGAGGAGCUGGGAAAGUAAAGAAUAUCAAGACCAAAGUCGUCAAUAGAAAAGAGCCUAAGCCUCACAAAAGAGUUGUCACUGAAAUCCUCAAAGGUAAUCCUGAGAUAACAAGGUCAAGAUCUGGAGGAAAACUUAGAAACUCUAAAGGCAUUCAGAAUUUCAGAUCAUUUAAUAUGCACAAAGAGAUACGGAAGACACCGAAAUUAGAUAAGCUUAUGAUUGAUGUGCCUCCUCUUCCAAUACUUUCUGAGGCUAAGACAAAAAGCAUUGGUUCAAACUUUUUGAGUCCGAAUGAUCUGUUUCGAUAUAAGCUAGAGCCUAAACAAUAUUAUGAUGAUAUUUUAAACCCUUUCAGGACAAGAAACCAUAAGAACCAUAUGAAAACAGGCUCUCAUGCAUCAUCAAGGAGAUCCCCUUCGUGAAGCUCUCGAAAGUCUUCAAUGUGGAGUGAAGUCACUGUACAACCUAAUUUUCAAGAAAUACUUGAUAAAGUGAAUGAAAUGACUGACAUUGUAAAAUUCACCCAUAUCCAAGGAAAUAUGUUCCAAUAUGGAACAAAGCAAGUUUAUUUGAUUCACAAAUCAAAAUGCAUUUAUGCUCGCACUGGAGGAGGAUACAUCAAAGUCAAAGAAUAUCUGAGGAAAAAUAAAACGAUCGAAGAAAGAAAAUUGUUUGGAAAAGGACAUAUCAAGCGAUUGAACUUUGCAAAUAUUUCAAAGAGGAAAAAAUUCCAGAAUCUCACCCCUAGAGAUGUCCCAACUAUAAAGCUAAAAAGUAGUGAUACUGUCCGGAAAGAGUAUUCCGACAAAAUCCUUGAUACAAUUCCUGAUGAUAAGUAACGCUCAUCUUUAC